AUGAUGACAAAAAAUCCGACAAAUGGUAUUGGCAAUAUCAAUAAAAAUGAUAGUCAAAAUGAAUUAAUUGUUUUCCCUAAUGAUUCUACUAACAUUACACAUAAUGAAGAAGUAUCUAUGAAUUUAAUGAAUCCAAAUAAUUUAAAAUUAUCAGACGUUACCGCAAUAAAAAUUGAUAAUUUACCUCCAGGUAAAACUUGGAAACAAAUAAAAUACCUUAUCGGUGGAAUUAUUCAUCACUCAAAUGUAUUACAAAUUAAGUUAUUGCCCCCUUUAACUUCAAUUGUUCCACCAUUUGUGACAUUUCAAAGUUGUAUUGUCACUUUAAAACAUAAUUUGGAUAAUGACCAAUUAAAUCAUUUAAUCUUCACUUUGAACACUUAUCAAUGGGAUUAUUAUAAUUUAUUUGCUUAUAUUUUAUCUCCUUUAGAAUACAAUUCGGUAUAUCCAAAUCAAUCUCAAAUUCAACCUCAUCUAAUGAACCCAAAUAUCAUGAACCCUCCAUCUCAACCUCAUCCACAUCCCCAUCCUCAUCCACAUUCUGCCCAAAAUAUGCAUAUUUCUCCUGGUCACAAAUUUAAUACUCAAAAACAUUCUUCACCUGGAACAUUAUCAAUCAACAAUGCACAACCUAAUAAUUUUUUAAUGCAUAAAAAUAUGAUGAAUUUCAUUCCUCCAAUGAUGCCACCUCCAAUGGCACCAAUGUUUGGGAUGCCAGCACCAACUCUGUCAAGAAAACAAUAUCAUCAAAAAACAUUUAUGCCAUCAGAACCAAAUGAAAGUGUAGACACAAGUAAUUUACCUUUGAAUAAAAGAAAAAGAGACUCUAUUCUGAAAUUAGUUAACGAAACAGCGGCAGUAAUAUCUGAUCUAGAUAUUUCAAAUAAAUCUACAAAUCAAUCAAAUAAUAAUAAAAAAAAAUUAAGACAGAUAUUUAAUGAAAGAAGCUUUAGAAGACAAAUGACAAAUAGAGGAAUGUGGCAAUUUCAAUUGACAAAUUUCCCACCUUAUUUACAGCCAGACACUGAAUUAAAAGAGGAUGAUAUUCCAAAAGAAAAGCUAGAUUCGAUAUCUCUUUGUAUAGAGACUAAACAAAUUGAAAAAUAUUGUAGAUUAAGAUGGACAGUACUCAAAGAUUUUAUAAAAUUAAAAUGUCUUAAAUUAUUAAAUUCUGAAGAAAAUAUAAUCUCUAAAAAUUCACCAAUGUUUAAUGAAGAACUUUCCGUAGUAUUGAAUGAACUUUCUCCCAAUGCUUCUUCAAAUAAUACUAGAGAAUUCUAUGUCGGUGUAUAUGAAGAUCAUGAAGAAUUAGCUAAAGUAAAGUUGAAACCUAUCGAUGACGAUGAUGACAAAAUUACUAUUAAAUACAUGAAUGGAACUAUAUAUAAGGCAAUAAUUGGUUUUCAUGACAAAGAAUUUUAUGAUUUAUGCAUAAAGUCAUUAUCAGAUGAAGAGUAUUCAUUUGGUUAUAAAUUAAAAUUAAUGGAGCUACCACCCUAUACUGAUCCAUAUGUUCCUUAUUCUUCUAGUAAUAGUAACGACAAAGAUGAAGAGGAACAAAGUGAAUCAAAGGAUGUAGCUUCGACAGUGACUUCAGAUAUAGAGAAUAAAGUCAAUGAAGAUAAAAAAUCAACAACCGACAAUGAUAAUGAUAAUGAUAAUGAUAAUGAAUAA